AUGGAGGGGUUCGGGUUCAGCGCUGGUUUUAUAGCCAAGAUCCAGGUGCUGUACAGUAACAUUGAGAGUGUGCUGAAAGUCAACGAGGAACCGCUAAUCUGUGGUGCAAGACUAGACGUUUCCGAUAGCACGGUACCAGGUCUGUCAGGGGUGCUGUGUGGGUCUGGGAUGGUGACUCUGAGGCGGCUGGUGGAGACGGCCGGUCCGGACUUCUCCAGCGUCCGGGAGGUGCUUUCGCUGCUUGGAGUCCGGUCUGCCAGGCUGUGGCAUGAGAACAGGGAAGUUUUGGUUGGAUUAUUGUUCCUGGUGUUUCCCUUCAUUCCUGCCACAAACCUUUUCUUCAGGGUAGGAUUUGUUGUUGCUGAGAGGGUUCUCUACAUGCCCAGCAUGGGUUACUGUAUCUUGGUGACUCAUGGUUUUGGUCGUCUGUGUUCGGUGGCGAGUCGCUGGGGCAACUUGCUCCUUGGUGGCUCCAUGUUCCUCCUGCUCCUGCUUUUCUCCUGGAAAACUGUUCAACAGAACAAAGUCUGGCACUCCAGGGAGGCCCUUUUCCUUUCUGGUAUUCAGACUCUGCCUCACAAUGCCAAAAUCCACUACAACUAUGCUAACUUUCUUAAAGACAUCGGCCGGCACCAGGAAGCCAUCUACCACUACAACAUUGCUCUCAGGUGAGAUUGCCAAUAAGGAUUGAAUACACCAGUACAUCUCAAGGAAAGGGGCAGUGUUUUGAUGACCAAAAUCGGCCCAGCUCACAACAGAGCAGUUCAAAACUCGAAUAAUUAGCUGAAGUCUCAGAGGAAGGAGAACGAGGCCGAGGCUCUACUGAAGGACUCUAUUAACUAUGGUCCAAAUUUUGCUGAUGCCUACUCCAGUUUGGCUUCACUCUAUGCUGACCAGAAACGCCUAUCUGAGGCAAAGGAAGUGUAUUUAAAAGGUAUAGGAAACUGUCCAGACAGCUCCGACCUUCGUAACAACUAUGGAGUAUUUCUAGUGGAUGCAGGAGAAGGCCACCUGGCUGUUGCCCACUACCGGGAAGCAAUACGACUUAAACCAGAACAUUUUGUUGCAAUGGUGAACCUGGGCCGUCUUCUGCGAUCGUUGAAUGAAAACGAAGAGGCAGAGUUUUGGUACAAAAGGGCCCUGCAAGUGACCAGGAAAGUGGACAUCCUGACUCCCCUUGGAGCGCUGUACUACAACACAGGACGCUAUGAAGAAGCGCUGCAGGUGUACAGAGAGGCUUCAGCCCUGCAGCCAGAUAGCACUGAAAUCUGGUUAGCUUUGGCUCAGGUUUUGACCAUGGCUGAUCGCAACACAGAGGCAGAGAAGAUGACCUUGGACAUCAUAUCCAGAGAAGGCAGCUGUAUCGAAUGUUAUCGGCUCUUGUCUGCCAUCUACAGCAAGUGGGGGAACUACACGGAGGCUCUUUGGGCUCUGGACAUGGCCUUGCAGCAAAAUCCCAGUGAUCUGACUGUUAGAGCAGAGCUAUAUUUCUCUAAAGGAAAUCUGAUGAGAGAGAUGAAUCAGCUGGAUCAAGCCUUUGAGAGCUACAAGCUGGCUGUUAAACUUAAACCAGACCAGUCCCAGACCUGGAUGAAUAUGGGAGGAAUUCAACACAUCAAGGGAGACUACGCAGCUGCCAGGAUGUACUACCAGCAGGCCCUGCUUCUAAGUCCUGGUUCCAAACUUUUGAAGGAAAAUUUAGCCAAGCUGCAACGUCUGGAGAAAAGACUGGCAGGAGGAACAUAACAACAUUUACUGAUCCUGACACAUUCUGCACGUGUUGACGUCUGUCUCAUGGAAGCCCAAACACCAGCGGCCAGGCUUUAGGACCAAACAAACCUUUGUCCAAAUACAACUUUCUUUUGACUGUGGGGAGUCAAAGAGACUACAGUCCAGAAUACUACCACUAAUU